AUGGCCUCAGCGGCUUCAAGGACAAUGGCUUGCUCCUCCUGCAAACCUGCACAGACCACCGCCUCAUCUUCACCAAACCUUCUUACGCCUUUUGACGCGGGAGGUGACCUGGAUGCACCCUUGGUCACGACACCGGCACCUGCUGGACCAUGUCCUCAUCCGAAGGAGAGACCAGCGGGAUGUGCUGGUGACAGGGGCGAUCGCGGGUGCCGACGGGUGGACCGACUAUCAUCUCGUCAUCUCUAAGAUGGGCCUUCGCCCACAGCCACGCAGGAGACCUCAAGGUGAUUAUGCACCAACCGCCAUUCAACGAUGCUUACAAUGCACCCUACAUCAACAUGAACGGCGUCAAAUGCGAACCAUGGAUACCACCUAUCUGGGUAGCACCCUCUCUCGCAGCAUCAAAACUGACGAUGAUGUGGUCUCCACCUCAGCACCAAACUCAAGGUGUACAAAGCGGUCAUCCCGGCAACAGUGUUGUACGGAAUGGAGACCAGAACGGUGUGGAGGCUCAACCAGUUCAACUCCAGCUGCCCUCGGUGGGUACUACAGAUGAGAUGGCAGAACCGGAUCCCGGACACGGACGUGCUGGAAGUGGCAGGAAUCCUUAG